AUGGCGUACGCAUGCGCGCGGGCGGCUUCCCCGUGCCUGGCGGGGCCGAGGAAGGGAGGCGAGCGAGCGAGAGGAGCGGCCGAGGCGGCCCGGGUCUCUCCCCCCCCGGCGGCGGGGGUGGCCAAGGGGAUCUCUGAGAAGCUCCUGCCUGUCCACCCGGAGACGCCCGAUGGCCGCGGCCUUUGCCCACAGAACGCCUUGGCCAGCUCCAGGAACGAAAGCCUUUCAAUGGUCGGGCCCUGCGUUUUGCCCCUUCUGUUGCACUGCUUUGACUCUGCUCGCCAGGCGCUCAGGGCGCACAGCAAAAACCCCUGCUGGGCCUCGAUCAACAGGGGGGUCCUGAUCUGUGAUGAGUGCUGCAGCGUCCACCGGAGCCUCGGCCGCCACAUCUCCCAAGUCAGGCACCUGAAGCACACCCCGUGGCCUGCGACGCUGCUGCAGAUGGUGGAAACCUUGUAUAAUAAUGGUGCUAACUCCAUCUGGGAGCAUUCGUUGCUGGAUCCGGCCUCUAUCAUGAGUGGGAGGCGCAAAGCGAGCCCCCAGGACAAAGUUCACCCCAACAAAGCAGAAUUCAUCCGAGCGAAAUACCAGAUGCUGGCUUUUGUCCAUCGCCUGCCCUGCCGGGAUGAUGACAGUGUGACCGCCAAGGACCUUAGCAAGCAACUCCACUCCAGCGUCCGGACGGGAAACCUGGAGACCUGCUUGCGGCUGCUUUCCCUGGGAGCGCAAGCCAACUUCUUCCACCCGGAGAAAGGGAACACCCCACUCCACGUGGCUGCCAAGACGGGUCAGAUUUUACAGGCUGAGCUGCUGGCCGUGUACGGGGCCGAUCCUGGCACGCAGGACUCCAGCGGGAAGACGCCGAUCGACUAUGCAAAGCAAGGAGGUCAUCACGAACUGGUAGAACGCCUUGUGGAAAUCCAGUAUGAGCUCACCGACAGGCUGGCCUUCUACCUUUGCGGCAGGAAACCUGAUCACAAAGGCGGGCAACAUUUUAUUAUACCUCAGAUGGCGGACAGCAGUUUAGAUGUGUCAGAACUGGCCAAAGCAGCUAAGAAGAAGCUUCAGUCGUUGAGCAAUCACCUGUUUGAAGAGCUUGCCAUGGACGUCUACGACGAGGUGGACAGGCGGGAGACGGACGCAGUCUGGCUUGCCACGCAGAACCACAGCACCCUGGUCACCGAGACGACGGUGGUCCCGUUCCUGCCCGUCAAUCCAGAGUAUUCCUCCACACGUAACCAGGGGAGACAAAAGCUGGCUCGUUUUAACGCCCACGAGUUUGCGACUCUCGUCAUCGACAUCUUGGGAGAUGCCAAGCGGAGGCAGCAAGGGAACCCCACCCCGAGUUCCAAAGACAACGUGGAGCUGAUCCUGAAGUCCAUCAACAGCCAGCACAGCACCGAGAGCCAGGAUAACGACCAGCCAGACUACGACAGCGUCGCAUCUGACGAGGAUGUGGAUCCUGACUUGAGCUCAGCCAAGGUCGCAAGGCAGAAGAGCUUGGAAUCCGACUCGUCCGACAGCCCCGUUACCGCCCAGGAGUACCUGCAGGUGAAAAACGCCCUGGUGGCUUCGGAGGCGAAAAUCCAGCAGUUAAUGAAGGUGAACGUCAACUUGAGCGAUGAGCUGAGGAUCAUGCAGAAGAAGCUUCAGAUGCUGCAGAGCGAGAACACCACCCUCCGGCGGCAGGCCACCACAAACGCCUUCCCCCCCCAGCCUGGCUUGGAGUACGCAGAGGCCGGUGGCCACCCUUCCUUGAUUCGGCGGCCCUCUGCCCGGAGCAGCCGGCCCAUGUCGAUGUACGAGACCGGCUCCGCCCAGAAGCCCUACCUGCCCCUCGCCGAGGUCUCUUACGCAGAGGAGCACCUCCCCUCCCGAUUGCAGCCCUUCCCUCCCCACAUGGGGAGUGGGUUGGCCACCGGCUCUUCUUCCUCCAUGCCUUCCUUCCCCUUCCGGCCUUCCUGGCCAGGAGACGAAAGCGCAGCAAGGGCUUCCAAACUGGAAAAGCAGAGCAGCCUGCCCGAGGGUGAUUACGACAACGCCGCCCCUGCCCUGGAGCUGGACGAGAUGGGGCUCAGCAGGAAGGCGAGGCAGCGGAGCGCCUUCAGGCAGGGGGAAAGCUCCCUCUCGGAGAGCAAGGACUCCGACGCACUCCCCAGCACCAGCUUGCCCAGCACCGAGGACGUCAUUCGCAAGACGGAGCAGAUCACCAAGAACAUCCAGGAGCUGCUCAGGGCGGCACAGGAGAACAAGCACGACAGCUACGUCCCGUGUUCAGGAAGGAUCCACGUGGCCGUGACAGAGAUGGCUGCCCUGUUUCCAAAAAAGCCCAAGUCGGAGCUGGUGCGCACCUCCCUGCGGCUGCUGACCGCCAGCGCCUUCCGGCUCCACUCCGAGUGCACCAAGGCCCUCCCGCCAGACGCCUGCCCGCCGGCCGACAUCCAGCUGGUCACCCAGCAGGUCAUCCAGUGCGCCUACGACAUCGCCAAGGCCGCCAAGCAGCUGGUCACCAUCACGACCAAGGAGAACACCAACUGAGGGGGCGGCUCCGGACCGGGGGGGGUGAAGGGGGCGUCAGCUGGUGAAAAACUGAACACGUGUUAGCGCACCCAUGUGUGUGUGUGUGUUUUUGUGUGUGUGAAGGUUUUUGUUUUUUUUACAGGAAUAUUUAAGGUGGUGAAUUUCCGUGUCUUUUUUUUUAAAGGAACCUCAGUAUUAUAAGGAAACUGCAUGUUUAUUUUCUUUUCUAAAAAAAAAUAUUUCCCAGGAUUAUUUAGAACCCACUGCCUUAUUUUGUGCCAGUUUUUGCCAGGGUCUCGAGGAUGAGUGUGUGUGUGUGUGUGAGAGAGAGAGAUUGCGUGUCUUGCGCCAGCUCUUUCCAAGCAUUUCGCUUUUGUUUUAGAGGGUGGGGGAACUUCCCCCCGUCAGUUGUAAACUCUUAAACAGAGAUCAAGGUUACAGGGCCCUGAUCCUGGAAUCUUGGCUGACAUCACGUUAACCACUAAAUAGUGUAACCCCCCCUCCCGAACGAAGUCUUUGUGGCACCACUGGGCUGUGGAAAAGGAACCCCCUGCUCUCCACCCCCACAAAUUUCCCAAAGCCCCCUCCCCCCCCGGUGGCUUCCUUGGGCCACCACAGGCCACGUGGGUUUGCCAGAAGAGACUAGGAGAUGUCAACCCGUCUGUUGAGCCUUGGAGGUGUCGCCUCAUGGACAUGCGGUUUUCAGGACCCUUCGCAAACACGUUUUUGCAACUUAACUAUGCACUGUGAAGCGGUCUUCCCUGCUCUCUUUCUCUUCACCCUCCCCGGAGGAUGGCUCAGAGGCCACGUGUGGGUGCGCGAAAGGUCUGGCUGGAUGUGGCAAGACGGUCAGAAGCAGGGUGGGGGGGGGAGGCCAGGAAGCGUGGAAAAUGGGACGUUGGGAGGACUGUGGACAGAGAGAGGGUCACGAAAGGCAAGGCACUUACUGGAGGCUGCCACUGAUGGCAGCCGCUCCUUGCUCGAGGUCAAAGGGAGAAGGGGAGCCCUCCGCGAGGUCUCCGAGCCAUCCCACCUGCCUGGGCGUUUCGGGCCUCAAGAUCGGGGAGGGAAAGAGGAGAGGCAGAUUCGGCCGACAGAUAGGCAAGGAGAGCCUUUGGGCUUCUGUUUUUUGCUUCCGGCACCCUGCGAGAUUAUCAUUCAGCUUGGAAAAGUUACUUUUUCUGGACCUUUCUGUUUCUAUAAGCCUGAGCUGUAGCUGAAGCUGUUACGAGUGGGUGGGGAGAGGAUGUGUGUGUGUGUGUGUGUUUUAUCCUGUUGGUAUUUAUAUAUUAAAAACAAAACCAAGUGCCAUAAUAUUGUUGGAUGAUGAUGUCACAUUGUAAUUAACUACCUUUUUAAAAAGUAUUGUACUAUUUUUGGGUUAAAACAAACAAAAAAUAGGUGGAACCAA